GAGGGAAAACAGCAAUAGAAAAACUUCUCAAAAAAAUUUACUAUAAGAGGGGAGGAGGAGAGGGGGGGAGAGAGAGGGUUUAAUGGCGUCGGCGAAGUCGCUUCCGUUGCUCUCGUCGCAGGCGUACUUGGAGGGAAAGGCGGUGAGGGAGACUCGGGAGCUGGUCGCCGAGCUUUGCCGCCACUUCUACUCCCUCGGAUGGGUCACGGGCACCGGCGGCAGCAUCACCAUCAAGGCCCACGACGACGCCGUCCCCAAGCCCGAGCAGCUCAUCAUCAUGUCUCCCUCCGGGGUUCAGAAGGAGCGGAUGGUGCCCGCGGACAUGUAUGUGCUAUCCGGGAACGGGACGGUGCUGUCAGCGCCUUCACCAAAACCCUACCCCCACAAGCCCCCCAAAUGUACCGAUUGUGCUCCCCUCUUCAUGAAGGCUUAUCAGAUGCGCAAUGCUGGGGCUGUUAUUCAUAGUCAUGGUAUGGAGAGUUGUCUUGCAACAAUGAUCCAUCCCUUCUCAAAAGAGUUCCGAAUUACUCACAUGGAGAUGAUAAAAGGAAUUCAAGGACAUGGUUAUCAUGAUGAGCUUGUUGUUCCAAUAAUUGAGAACACUCCUCAUGAGAGUGAGCUUACAGAAUCCCUAAGUGAAGCGAUUGCUGCAUAUCCAAAAGCAACUGCUGUGCUUGUGCGCAACCAUGGGAUAUAUGUAUGGGGAGACUCUUGGAUCAGUGCCAAGACACAGGCUGAAUGUUAUCAUUAUCUUUUUGAUGCUGCCAUCAAACUUCACCAAAUGGGUAUUGACUGGACUACUCCAAGCCAUGGCCCAAUAAGCAAUACAAAGGCCAUUCAAGGUAAGGAUUGGAAUCCAAGUGGUUCCUUAAGAGCAGGGCUCCUGAAUGGCAAUCAUGUUGUGGAGCUGUCAAGACAAUGCAUUGUUCUUGACAUUGAAGGAACGACAACCCCAAUAUCAUUUGUUACAGAUGUUCUUUUUCCCUAUGCUCGUGAUAAUGUACGGAAACAUUUGAUAUCAACAUAUGAUAGUGAGGAAACCAAGGAUGAUAUCAAGCUAUUGCGUGCCCAAGUUGAGGAUGACCUGAAACAAGGGGUGUUGGGUUCUGUACCCAUUCCAGCUGAUGAUGCUGGGAAAGAGGAAGUUAUAAAUGCUUUAGUAACUAAUGUGGAGGCAAUGAUAAGAGCUGACAGAAAAAUUACUUCUCUUAAACAAUUGCAGGGUCACAUAUGGAGAACCGGAUUUCAAAACAAAGAAUUGCAGGGAAUUGUUUAUGAGGAUGUUCCUGAAGCUCUUAAAAAGUGGCAUGCUGAUGGCUUAAAGAUCUACAUAUAUUCAAGUGGUAGUAGAGAGGCCCAGAGGCUUUUAUUUGGAAAUACUGCUUAUGGGGACUUGAGAAAAUACCUAUGUGGUUUUUUUGACACUACGAUUGGAAACAAAAGAGAAGCACACAGUUACUUUGAAAUCUCACAGUCGGUUGGAGUGGAUAAUCCAUCUCAAAUCUUAUUUGUAACUGAUGUUUAUCAAGAAGCUGUGGCAGCAAAAGCUGCAGGUCUUGAAGUGUUAAUCUCCAUCCGUCCUGGAAAUGCGCCCCUCCCUGAGAAUCAUGGAUUUGGGAUAAUAAAAUCCUUUGCAGAAAUCUAAGUUGUCAGAAGCUGUAGCAUUGUUCACUCAUCUCUCCACCUGAGAUGUCUCAGGUUCAAAAGCUGAGUGGUGGUGAAUAAUUGCCAUAUCCUCGAACAGGAAAAUCUGUAGUAGAUCAGAGUCCGAAUGCAUAGGACUUAAUGGUUGUGAAACAAAUCAUUAUGACAAGUUUUGUAUCUAGCUUGAAACUUUAUCUUGAAUUUGUAGUGGACUGACGUUAAAAGCUUAAUAUUGAUUGCAUUUUCCGACAA